GCGCCAUGAACCGCCGAAUCUCGUGGCAUUGUGCAGCAUACACUCCGAGCAUCGCAUAGGCUGGCCGCCACCACCACCGCGCAAAUGGCCUUGAACGGCCACAUCACCCUGUCGCGGACAAACACCGCAAUCAAUGCAGAGAAGGAGCUGCGCAGACAGAUGCCCCCCCUGCAAACCGCCCUGGACCACGACUACACCACCACCUCGCGCCCGCAGACCGCCCGCGAACCCGCCGACCUCAUGUCCAACGACGGGAGUCUGAAAUCCCCGGCCUCGCCGACCCGCCGCCAGCGCUUUGCCAUGACCGACAUGAUUGCAUCGCGCUAUCUCGAGGAAGACCCGCAGACCACCGUGCUUGCGCGCCGCCAGCAAAUCGAGGGCUACGAGGCAUAUGUUGUCGAGCAAUGGGCCUGCUCGCGGACGCAUCCGACCUUCUUCAUCACCACCUACACGGGCAAUCCGCAGGACGUCGUGCUCGUGACCAUCAUCAGCGUGCCUGCAGACGAGACGCAGUGGUCCAAGCCGAUGCAGCUGUACUUCAAGUCGCUUGAUGAAUAUCACGCCAAGAGGAGAGAGACGCCAUACGGCACGCUGAUGAUCACGAAUCUAAGCAGCUUCCCGUCGUCGUUGACUGUCCUCCCAAUCCCCGGCGGCGACAUGCGAAAAUACCGAGAACUCUUUCUUGUCAACGAAAAUCUGAAGAGACUGGGCUGCUCCGGCCGACUGGGCAUCAAGCUGGCACCGCCCAGCGGUGCGACUGAAGCCAAGUUCCACCAGCUCUACCGCACCAGCGAGAAGAUUCCCCUGAACGGCGCUGUCAUCGAGCUCGUCAAGCUUUGCCAGGUCGCCUUGGUACUGUUCGGCAAGCUCGAGCCCGAGUAUGCAGACGGUCUGCUUUGCGAUGUCACAGAGAGAGCCGUCACCGAUUGGUGGGUCGAAUUUGGCGCAGAAUACUACGCAGUCGAGCCACAUGACGGCAUUCUAGGACCCACGACCGUCGCUGCGUUGCUGGGUAUGUUAAUAGGGGCGCGAAACCGACUGAGCGCACUCAAUGCCCCAGUCGCCAAGGACGUGUUUGACAUCGAGAGCACCAAGAAAGGCAUCGGGCAUUUCCAGAAGACUCAUCACAUCCCGAGAUCACGGCGUUUAGACAGACAGACGCUGGAUAAGCUACGUCGGUCGACUGCAAAGGCCGCGAGUAAAGACGGGUGGGGCGUUCCAAGGGCGUUCAAGUCGACCGUGGCCGAGCUCGGCGGGAAAGGCGGCGAAAUGAUGAUGGGCAUAGUCGGUGCGGGCGACAAGGAAGGCAUUGCGGAGGUCGAGACAGUGGACAUUGAGCGGUUUGUGGAGCUCGUGCGAGGAGAUCACGCCAAAUGGUUGUGGCACGGCCGACCUCGAAAGACUGCAUCUGGGGACAUGUUCGACCGACUGCCUGACCAAAAUGGCCAAACGUCACCGACCACAAUGCAGGAUCGCAGUCGCAAUCCGCUGAAGAGACAGCCCACGCUCGAAGACCAGAAGCUGUCGCGACGCGAGACCACGCGAGACGAGCACAAGAAAGAGAUGUUCAGUCCGGAUGGCACGGAAGCAAAAGACAGAGAUCCGUUCUCGAAGCGCGCAGCCAUCAAGGCGAGGCUCGGUCCUGAGCGUAAAUUCCACCGCAUCAAAGACGCUGUUGGUCUUCGCAGUCAUGCUACCAAACUGUCGCGGGAGGAAUCGACACGAAUACCUCAGGCGUCACCAGGCGUCAGCAGUCAGCAGAGUGACGUGGAUGGCUUUGGCGAAGACGGGGAUGAACGGACAGAUGCCGAGACCUCUUUCACCAAGGUCCUUACCGAGACACCACGAGACUCUACCAGUGAUCUGAUUCCAAAGGCGCCGUCCACACUCGAUGGCGAACAGGACUCGUCCGGCUCGAGGAUUGUAAUCGCCGAAUCAGAAGCUUCCACCCAGCCGCCGACAGCUGAGCCAUCAGUUGCUGGCUCCAUAUAUCACGGCAUCGAUCUGAACGAAGUACUACCUCUCGAAGUCGCCCAUGCCUACCCACCCCUCCUCCGCCGCACGCAGUCCUCCGACCAGCUCACCCUCUACAACACCCACCACAACGACAACUGGUGGCCGCGCCACCUCUCCUUCAGCGUCGCCGAAGACAGCAUCCUCACCUGGCGCAGCAUCGUCGCCACCCCCGACGACGAACCCCUCGACACCUCCACCACCGCCGCCGCCCUCGGCACCCAGCAAAUAACCCUCGCCCUGCACUCCUCGCAGCUCAAGCGCCUGCACCACCGCCUCGCCGCCCUCUCCGCCACAGACGCCGCCUGGGCCUCCUCCCGCCUCGCCGACAUCGCCCGCCUCGACGCCGCCGCCGACGCCGACAUGCAGACCCUCGACGCCAUCUACUACCCGCGCCUCGACACGUACCACUCGCUGCGCGCCGACACGCACGCCGCGCUCACGUCCUCGCGCGCGGACCUCACCGCCGCGCUGAGAGAACUCGACAACGUCAAUGAUAAACUCGAGUACGAGAUCGGCGCGCUAAGGGGCAAAGUCGAGGACGUCGAGGACUUUGUCGACGAGUUUGAGAGGCAGGUUGAGUUUGUGUGUGAGAGGGUUGAGGAGCUGGAGAGGACGCUGGGGGGCAGGGAGGGGUGGUGGCAUUGGGUGUUUCGCAAGGCGACGGGGAUUGGGAGUCGGCCUGCUUAGUGGAUAUGGAUUCUUGGGGGUCUGCGUUGGGGUGGCGCGUUUGAGUGUUUCUUUUUAUACCCUCGGUGUUGUGUAUGGGCGUUCUUGGUGCAUGGCGCUGACAUGGACAUGUAGUUGAAUAGCAGAUUCUCACGCACGCUUAUCAUGGCUUCUGUGCACCGGGCCUGGAUCGCCAGCUCCAGUGGCUGCGUAGACACGGGUCCUCUGCCCUCGCCGCAUCGCCGUCAUGCAAAAU